AUGCCGGGCGAACCAGCAAAGCGCACAAGGCGCGAAGAAUACAAGAAGUCGCUGCAGAAUGAAGAGCAGCAAGGCGCAUUGCCCAAGAAGAAGUUCUACAGGCAACGCGCCCAUGCGAAUCCUUUCUCAGAUCACUCGCUCACAUACCCAACGAGCCCCGUAGACAUGGACUGGGCGAGUCUGUACCCCAAGUACGCCAAACAUCCAAAGAAAGAGACGGGAGAAGAGCAGAACGAGUCACAUGACGUGAGCCUAGAAGAGCAGAGAGAGCUCAAAGCUAUCACGCAGAAUGUUGAGAUUGCCGACAUAGGAUGCGGCUUUGGUGGUCUACUUUUCGCCCUCGCACCCAAAUUCCCGGAUACAUUGAUACUCGGCAUGGAAAUCCGCACCUCGGUGACAGAAUACGUACAAGAAAAAGUCCGCGCCCUUCGCGUCCAGAAUGCAUCAACAAACGCCUACCAAAAUGCCUCCUGCAUCCGGGCCAACACCAUGAAAUUCCUGCCCAACUUCUUCCAGAAAUCCCAACUCAGCAAAAUUUUCCUGUGUUUUCCGGACCCGCAUUUCAAACAGCGCAAACACAAAGCUAGAAUCGUGUCGUAUACGCUAAACUCGGAGUAUGCGUAUGUGCUGAGGCCAGGUGGGGUGGUUUAUACGAUUACUGAUGUGCAGGAUUUGCAUGAGUGGAUGAAGGGGCAUUUUGAGAAACAUCCGAGUUUUGAGCGGGUGGAGAGGGUAUUUGAGGAGGGGGAAACGGUCGAUGGGGUCGAGGGCGUGGGUAUGGAUGAGUGUGUCAAGGCGAUGAGAGUGGAAACUGAGGAGGGAAAGAAGGUGGAGAGGAACAAGGGUUUGAAGUUUGUGGCGUGUUUUAGGAGGAUUGAGGAUCCUGCGUGGCCUGAGCCUUGA